UUAAUCGAUUUGGGACUUAUGAAAGGGCAGUUUCAACACAUUAAUUGUAUCACAGCUCUUACUGAGGUAGUGUGACGCUCUCGAAAAUAUUUUCUGUUAAAUUAUUCGAUUUGAAAACUUUGACCUCUGCAAUAGACGUAUAAUAUCAUACCUCAACUCGUAGUUUUUCGCCGUUAAGAUGAGCAUGUUACUGUACUUAUCGAUCCUAAUUUUUGCUGUGAAAGCACAAUGUCCAGAAAAUAUUUGCGAAGGCAGACCCGAUGGUUUCUUUGUGAACGAUCCGGCUGGUUGUCGUUCAUACUUCGUGUGCAUAAAUGAGACCCCUUCGUCAAGGCAACAGUGUGGAGUCGGUUACAACUUCAACGAAGCAUUGCAGAUAUGUGAUCGUCAUUUGCCAUGCAAAGACCCUGAUUUUGAAUGUCCAAUUCGUGGCAUUUCGAAUUGGGUGUAUCCCGGCAACUGUACGCGAUAUAAUUUCUGCUUCGGAGGAUCGCAUGAAGUUCGAGAAUGUGCGCCCGGCUUGCAUUUUGAUACAUCGAUUUCUGAAUGCAAUUUAAAAGAAGUCGUGCGAUGCCCUCGAGAGAUAUGUCCAGAUAAUAAUGAUAUCGACAACAUCGUCACUGCCCCGUCGGAGACCGAUUGUGAAGAAUACUUCAUGUGCUACGAAGGAAAGUUUGAAUCACGAAAUUGUGCGCCAGGUGUACAUUGGAAUCAGGAACGUCAAAGAUGUGAGCGACCAGAAGAGGCUGAGUGUACAGUAAUUUCACAUGAGGCCUACAUCAAGCCAAUGGGACUCGACAUUCUACAGGUCUAAAAUCGAUCACUAAAGUAUCAAAUCAAAAUUAUUGUUUGUUAAAUAAAAGCGAUAUUCAGAAUUGA